UGAUUAUAUUUCCGUUAGUCUUGAAUGCAACUGGGCGUAUGGGCGGGGCUUAACCGAGACCAUUUCUAAGUGCACGGUGCUCACGUCGUCGUGGAGGACGGGAAUAAGAACCGCGACCCGCUGCAAGGCUCGUCCCCGGACCGCCGGGAUACAUUGGAGAACCAGGACCGGCCCGGCUGCUGUGGGAGGAGAACUGAGCUGCUUCUGCUUAACUUCUAACUGUGAGACGGAAGUGGACCUGUCCCAAGCGACAUUGUGUCACACAGUCUCCGUCAAGAGGGAUAACACGCGGGUUUGUGCCCCCGGCUAUAAGGCAUCAUGGAGGAUGAGCUGAUGAUGUUCAGCCUGGAGGAGGUGGGAAGCGCCAAGAGACCCCCAGAACAACGAGGUGGCUUCAACCAUCGGCCGUCCUCCCUCAGUGAAUCCAACGCCAGUGACGACGACUAUGAGGACCACUUCAUCUGCCCCAUCCUGGACGACUCGGCCAAGGAGAUCUGUCAUUACCUGAAGAAUGCAGCUAACGCCCGGCAGCUGUCAAGCUCUCUCCCUAAGAGCCACUUCAAGUACAGGAAUGAAACCGAAAAGGUGGCUGAACCUCACCUGUACACGGUUUUGUCUCAGAGCGCACGGGAUCUUUGGAAACAUGCCAUCGAAAAGGCCAAAGCGAUGCCCGACCCCUGGGCCCAGUUCCACAUGGAGAAGAUCCUGACUGAGCCCUGCGUGCGUUACAGGUACAAUGCCAUCACAGGAGAAUGGGCUCAGGACCAGAUCCACCUCAAGAUGGCUGAGCAGCCGUUUGGGAAAGGGGCCAUGAGGGAGUGCUUCAGGACGAAGAAGUUGUCAAAUUUCUCACACAGCAGCAACUGGAAGUCUGCAUCGAAUUACGUGUCCAAGCGCUACAUGGAGACAGUGGACAGAAACGUCUACUUUGAGGACGUCAGGCUGCAAAUGGAGGCCAAACUGUGGGGCGAGGAGUACAACCGCCACCGCCCCCCCAAACAGGUGGACAUCAUGCAGAUGUGUGUGAUAGAGAUGACAGACAGACCAGGUAAACCGCUCUUCCACCUGGAGCAUUACAUCGAGGGCAAGUACAUCAAAUACAACUCCAACUCCGGCUUUGUGAGGGACGAAAACAUCCGACUCACCCCCCAGGCCUUUAGUCACUUCAGUUUUGAGCGAUCGGCCCACCAGCUGAUCGUGGUGGACAUCCAAGGGGUCGGAGACCUCUACACGGACCCUCAGAUCCACACGGAGCAGGGCACGGACUUCGGAGACGGAAAUCUGGGUGUGCGAGGCAUGGCGCUGUUCUUCCACUCCCACCUGUGCAACAGGAUCUGCAAGAGCAUGGGCCUGACGCCUUUUGACCUUUCCCCUGCAGAGAAGUCCCAGCUGAACUGCACCAACAAGCUGCUCAAGUCGGCUCAGACGGUGCUGAGGGGCCACGAGGAGCCCUGCGGGUCCCCUCGCGUUCGCACCAUGUCGGGGAGCCGGUCGCAUCCGAUGCUGUCCCGUCUGUCCGAGACGUCGUCGGUGGACGAGAGCGACCCGGACUCGGUGCCGUGCUCCCCCCUCGCCAUGGCCUGCUCCCCGCUGGCUGCUCACGGCUUCAUGGGAAGGUCGCCUCUCGGCUUCUCAUUUAUGGGACUGGGUGAACAUGAACGAGUGAAUAACAACAACAACAACGGUGAAAACGGGGAGUCUGAGAGCGGAGGAGACAGCGGGUUCCCCAGCGAGAGGAGGAGCGACGGAGACCCCAACGACCACGUGGACGGGGCUCAUCAUCGCUACCAAAGAAAUUGUUCAGAGUCGGAUGAGGACAGUGUCAGACGGAGGAAGAUGGUGUCUCCUUCAAGAGUCACUGCAGAAUUCAAUUCUUAUAGUGAUGACAGCGAAUGGCUGACGGACGAGAAGUGGAGCUUCUACCAUUCGUCCCGCGCUCACGUGCACCGCUCCUCCAGCGUGGCCACCGAGGUGGAGCGACUCGACGCUCUGCUGCAGAAGAAGAUCGGCCAGUCGAUCCUCGGAAAGGUGCACCUGGCGAUGGUGCGGUACCAUGAAGCGGGUCGCUUCUGCGAGAAGGACGAGCAGUGGGAUCAGGAGUCGGCCAUGUUGCACCUGGAGAGGGCGGCGCUGUGCGGAGAGCUGGAGGCCAUCGUGGCCAUGGGACAGUGCUGUCUGCGGCUGCCUCAUCACAUACUGCCCGACAUGGAGCUGGAGGAUAACGCUGGAAACAAGAUGAAGGGAUUCAAAUAUCUCCUGCUGGCUGCGGAGGCCGGAGACAGAUCUUCUAUGAUCAUAGUGGCGAGAGCCUUUGAUACUGGGAUCAAUCUGUCAGCUGACAGAAAGCAGGACUGGGGGGAAGCCAUCCACUGGUAUGAAAGUGUGUUGAACAUGACGGACUACGACGAGGGAGGAGAGUUUGAUGGGACGCAGGACGAGCCUCGCUACCUGCUGCUGGCCAGAGUGGCCGAGAUGUACCAAGUGGGAGGCUGCAACCUCCAGGCAGACCCACAGAGAGCAGGUGAUCUGUUUACAGAAGCAGCAGAAGCUGCCAUGGAGGCCAUGAAAGGUCGAUUGGCUAACCAGUACUACAACAAGGCCGAAGAAGCCUGGGCGCUAAUGGAGGAGUAAUUUUGGAUACACAGUUUUAUUACACAAAGGUCACGGGAGUUAAUUUUAACAUAUACAACCUAAAUGUAUACGGUUUACAUAUUUUUAUUGUAUUAUAUUAUCUUUUUGCCAAGGUGAUGUGUGUGUUUUUAUCCUUCUAGAAUGGAGCUUCAAGUUCCAGGUUUCUGUUUUUUCCUUUUCGGUUUCUUUUAUUUAAUUCCCUGUCUCUGAUGAGAAGUGAAGUGAAUGCGGUUGCAUGAAAGAGAAGGUCUAAAAGAUCAAAACAAAGUAAAUAGUUUACUUACUCUGCUCUUCAUUCAUGUUGGAAGAAUGCAUGUUUAAAAUUUGGAGCAUAAAACAAUUAAAUAAAGUUUGCUUUUUGUGGGUAAACACGUGUAACUAC